CUCUCUCCACCAGGGCUACAUCCCAUUAUCUGGGCGGAGAAAGAGGGAGAGAGGGUAGACCUAUCCACCACACUGCCUCUCUCUGUUCUCAGCCACAACUCCUCUGAGCAGUAACCGGCUAGACAGAUAUCCUGAUGAGAGGAGGGGAGGAUCUUUCAGAACAAAGCGGAAUAUUUUUAUUUCAUUUCAUCAAUUUGUGAUAAAUUGGAUUAGGCCUGAUAGGUUGCGUUUCUGUUGUUUUUGGACUUCGCUUCCUGCUUCUUUGCCUUGUUGCACUACAGGAGCUCUCAUUGUGGCUGGAGCGAGGAUCCCCUCCUUUUGUGUUGCUCUGCAGUUGUUUAUUCACACUCCAACUUCUGCCUCCUGUUUCCCCGUAUAGGAGGUUUUAUUUCAGUUUUCAUUGUUUCGGCCUAAACGGAAUGAAUGACAAAAACAAAGGGGGUUGAUGUCCAUAACUCUCCGACUCACCUCGUCUUCGCCUCGCCCAAGGAACGGAGACUCCAUCUCCGACAGAAGAUGGAAAGCGGAGGCGGGACAGAGGGCUCGGACAGUGGGCAGACGCAGCACGCGGUGCCCGGGCAGCAGCAGCCAAACCCCCGGCCUGAAACUGCGGAGCUCUCUGCAAUGGUGUCCGCUCAGCCUCCGGGCGAGAAAAAGAAGAAGAUAAACCGGGCACCGUCCCCGGCCAGACCGAAGGAUGUACCCGGUUGGUCGCUUACCAAGAUCCGCGGAGGGAUUGGGACCCCAACCCUGAGCGUCAAGCCGGGAGCCAUCAACUUGGGUAGCCGCAUUUCCAGGCGCAGUCCCGUGGGAAGUCUUGCUGGAAAGGACGGUAAAGCGGAGAAGAGCGGUGGUGGCAAACCGGCGGGCAAAUCCUCCUCCUGCGCCGCGUUGUCGAAGACGGCCAAGGCGACCAAGAGCACCGGAGGUCGGAGAAAGGUGUCGGACGCCAGCAUAGGAUCCGAUGAUUUAUCUAAGGACUCUGGCUGCGCCAUCGGGAAGCUCUCCCCGACCGACAGUAGCUCCGAGCUAUCGGACUGCGCCUCUGAGGAAAACAAGCUUUCCGCGGACGCUGUGAGCAGCGACGCCGAAUCGAGGAGCAGCCGGGGCGGUGGGCCGGACGGAGACAAGCCACUCAGAGCUAGCCAACAAGCCGCCGCCAAGACCACCUGCUCCUCCGCGGAGAGGGACUACAAGGACCGGCUCUCCCUGGGCGUGGAGACUGGGGAAGGGAGCAUAUCCCCCGGCGAGGAGCGGUCGGUCACCUCGUUUGACAGCAGGGUACCUGCCAGCACAUCCCUGGCUUUCUCAGACCUUACAGAGGAGUUUAUGGACGGCAUGCAUGAGGAGUUUGUCCGGGAAAUAGAAGAGCUUAGAUCUGAGAAUGAUUACCUCAAAGAUGAGAUGGAGGAGUUGCGGUCUGAGAUGCUGGAGAUGAGGGACAUGUACAUGGAGGAUGACGUUUACCAGCUGCAGGACCUACGGCAACAGCUGGAGCAGGCUAAUAAGACCUGCCGCAUCCUGCAGUACCGGCUGAGGAAGGCAGAGCGACGCUCUCUCCGCGUGGCCCAAACAGGGCAAGUGGAUGGAGAACUGAUACGAACGCUGGAGCAAGACGUCAAAGUGGCGAAGGACGUGUCCAUCCGUCUCCACAGCCAGCUGGACAGCAUGGAGAAGAAGAGGAGUCGCCUGGAUCAGGAGAACGAGGAGCUGAGGGUCCGACUUCAGGACCUGGAGGUCGCCAAACAGGUCCUGCAGCAGGAAAUUGACAAGAACUCCCAGAAGAAAAGAGUAGCACGACCCAACAACAAACCUGACAAGAAGUUCUGUCCACAGGAGGACAGUUCAGACCUGAAGUGUCAGCUCCACUUUGCCAAAGAGGAGUCAGCCCUGAUGUGCAAGAAGCUGACCAAGCUGGUGAAGGACAGCGAUGCCAUGAAAGAGGAGCUGGCCAAGUACAGGUCGCUGUACGGAGACGUCAACGUCUCGCUCACUGUGGAGGAGGUUGCUGACUCCCCCCACACCCGCGAGGCGGAGAUCCGAGUCCACCUGAAGCUGGUGGAGGAGGAGGCCAACCUGCUGAGUCGACGCAUCGUGGAGCUGGAGGUGGAGAACAGGGGGCUCCGAGCUGAGAUGGACGACAUGAAGGGACCACAAGAUGGUCCACAGGAGCUCACUGGUGUUGGCGGUCUGGGCCUCGGAGGAGGAGCCAUGGUACUCGGGGGAGGGGCCUCGUCUGAAAACGUCAUGGAGCUCCAGAGACACCUCCAGUUUGUUGAGGAGGAGGCCGACCUGCUGAGGAGGUCUCUAAUCGAGAUGGAGGAACAGAACAAACUGCUGAUGAAUGAGAUCAACCGCUACAAAUCUGAUCUCCCGCCGCCAACGUCCACGCUGUCGUCCAAUUCCUUGGCGUCGCUGACAGACGGGCUGCUCAGCGACAGCCCGGUGCACUGCAUACAGGAAGGGGCGGUGCUUAUCAGCACAGACACCCCGGCCCAGGAGGAGGAGAUCAGACUGGCAAGGCUUCAGAUUGGAGAACUGAGCGGGAAGGUGAAGAAGCUGCAGUACGAGAACCGAGUGCUUCUGUCCAACCUGCAGCGCUGUGAUCUGGCCUCCUACCAUGCUCCUUCCUCCUCCUCCUCUUCCUCAUCACUACGACUGGCCCUGGAGACUGAUGCAGAGGCUGGAGACUCAGCCGAGUGCCUCCCAAGCCCGCCGCACCGCAAAGAGCCAGUAGGGGUUGAGACCGACACCCUGGAGAUCAAGGAACGGAAAAAGAACAUCGAGGACAAGGCUGACGUAACAACCUCACUCCCUGGGUACCCGGGGCAGAAGGACCAUGAUGCCUUGCUGGCCAUGAGGGACCAGGCGCGCUUGGUUUCCACGGCGAUACAGCUCCUGACCUCCCCCGAGUCUAACUGCCUUUCCUCCUCCCCAUCCAUCUAUCACAAGGUCUGCAGCAACGAGGCAGCAGAGCCGUGCGAGCUGGAGAAACCUCAGCCUCACAGUCAGAUUUCAGAGCUGUCUGACCUGGCGGACCGGCCCCUGGUUGGUGCUCUGACCAGCAGGCUCCAGGCCCUACACACCCAGCUACAGGCCUUUGUGGAGCGGGUAGACAGCCAUAGUAAACCCCCAGCAGGUGGGAGGGACCCUCAGGUAGAAGGAGCAUCUCCUCUGGCCUCACGCUGCGCCUCCCUUCCCUGCUCUGGAGACGAACAGGAUGGACUGAACACUACCGCGAAGAAGCAGCCUGAUUAUAGGGACCAAUCAGAGCCCGAGGUAAAAGGACAAACUGAGGAGAACAGCCAAUCAGACAGCAAUGAGACGCAAAAGCAGGAAGACAGCGAGCUGGAACAGGGAGAGAACGAGGCAGAUGAUGCACUGUCCGGUGACCUCCAGGCUCGUCUGUCCAAAGCAAAAGAGUCGGCUCUCGGAACUCAGGCGGAGCUGGAGAGUGGGAGGCAGGCUCAGAGAGAAACCACUCUCAAACUCACACAGCUCCAGGAGGAGCAUCAGAAGGCUCUGCUCCGUCGGGACUUCCAGCUGCAGAGUUUGGGCCUCCAGGCUCGGCUUCAGCAGAAGUUAUGGAGCCAGGAGAGGACUCUGCUGGUCCAGGAGUCUCAGCACCUCAAACAGGCCCUGUUGCUGCUCAGCCUCAAACUACGCUGCUUCCUCAAACAGUGGAGGCUGGGCUGCAGGAAGGACACAGAGUGGAAAGACAUCUUGGAGAUGAACAGCCUGAAGGACCUCUACCUGCUGUUGGAGGAGGAAAACCUGACGAGCCCCGCUCACCAGACUGACAAGAGGGCUGCUGCACAAGAACAACCACUCAGCCCAACUAUCAAGUCUAGCGCCGUGAGCAGCACCUUGGCAGACUUGAAGGUGGCGCUGCAGGAUCUGAGUGGAGAGUUGCGAAAGGAGAGACAAGGCUCCCAGGAACUCACCCAGCAGUUCGCAAAGGCCAAAGCAUCAUGGGAGGUGGAGAGGACCGAACUAAAGAGCCUCAUCGUACAGUUUGAGACCAAAGCAGGCAAAGCAGCAGCAGUAGGUCUGUCUGCCACUGAUGCACUGGAUCCUCCAGACCUGAAGGCGGCCCAGAAGAGGGAGUGUGAAGAACACCAGCACCUCCUGGCCGACUCCUACGCAGCUGUGAUGGACCUUACUAAAGAGCUUCAGAUCGGAGAGAGGAACUGGGGCAGGGAGAAGCUGGAGCUGCUGGAGAGGUUCAGCCAGGAGAGAGCUCAGUGGGAGCAGAGACUGGGAGAGGCCACUGCACAACAGGGGAAGUCAAAGUCAUUAGGCGGCGAGUCCUCUGCAGACACAGUCAUCACUAAUGGAACAGGAUCACCAAGAACAAAAUCCACAUCAGAGCUGAACGGCGCAGAAGUCAACGGGACAGCCAAUCAGGAGGCGAGGAUCCAGUUUGCAGUCGCAGAGCUGGGUGACCUCACCAGGAAGAAUUGGACCUACCUGACCAAUGAGACCCCGGAGGUUGGGGACACCUGUAAAACCUGGGAUGGCCCCAGUGGCUCCUGCAGCAGCUUAGUAGGAUCAGAGCUGGAUCUGGAGUCUGUCCAGAGAAGCUACACUGCUCCAGACCGCACCGGCAUCCGGAUCUACUACAGUCCUCCUGCCGUACGACGCAUGGAGCACAGAAGAAGGAGCCAGGAGGCCAAAGAGCCACAGCAGGCCCAUAACGGGAGCUCUUCCCCGGGACUGACUGGCUCGGACAUGGACGUGGCUGCGGUGGAAACCCUCGAGGUUCAGCAGCAGCAGCAACAUCCAUCCUCCUUUUCGUCCCCAUAUGAGCAGUGGCUGAGCUCACUGUCCAAGCAGCACAGGGAGCUGCUGGAGAGCAGAAGUGGCUGUAUCGCCGGUUCGAUCCCCAGUGUCGCCAAAAACGGCGUUGGCGGAUCGGUUGAUGGGAUGACAUCCCCUUCAGCUUUCCGCGGCCUGGAGAUCGGGGAUAUUUCAGCCAACUUAAGUGAUGACAUGAAGGAGAUGACCAACUGUGUCCGCCAGGCCAUACGCUCUUCCUCUCUGGAGAGGAAAUCCACCAAGGAACCUGGGAGUCAGGCGAUGGGAAUGUCUACCAGGUCCACGCAGACUGCUGCGCAGUACGUAAGCAUCGGGCUUCAAACCGACAACCUUCACAGCAGCAGGGGGACGGGCUUACACUCCAAAGCCUGGUCUUCUCGCCCCUCAACAACAACCUCCUCGCUAGCGUCGGCCCGAACCCGGCAGAUAUCAUCAUCCCUGGAUAAAGUUCACAGCCGCAUCGAGAGGCCAUGCUGUUCACCUAAGUAUGGAUCACCGAAACUACAACGCAGAGUGUCUUCUGGCUCCACUUCAAGACUGGAUGGGAGUUCGUCCUCCAGGGACCGGAGCCUGUGGAGCCUCCACCAAAGAUCCUUCAGUGGAGGAGGAGGCUCGGCCUGGGCUCGCUCCACCACCACCAGGGACAGCCCCGUGCUCAACGGUCUCACCGACGGCCUCUCCAGCCUCUUCAGCGUGGUGGAACACUCUGGAAGCACAGAGUUGCUCUGGAGGGCUGACGGAGGAGCCAGUCCAGCACCGCAGCCUCCUGCUGCAGGGAAACCCUCCGGGGUGGCAGCUUGUGGAUCUGAACCCGGCUCUCAGCGGUACGGAGGCCUGGUCCAGGAGUUUUUUAGGAAUGACUGCAGCAGCCGUGGCCAAGGAGGAGUCACCCUGCCUGGGGAGAGAGUGCAAAGAGACUCCCAUGGCAGCCUGGGUGUCAUUGGGAGUUUUGUCAGCGUGGAUGAGCCCAAGCCAGAGUGUGUGUCAGCUGGAGUUGGAGGACUCGGAGUGCUGGCUGCAAGCAACGACAAUGUGACCAAGAUUGUCAAUAAGAGGUUUAUGAGACAAACAGCCGGGGAGGAGAUGGUCAAUAUCAUGGGAGGAGGGAAAGAAACGACGAGCAACGCAGGGGCUGCAGGACCUGGGAUGGAGGAUGCACCCUGUGAUUGUGCUGCCCAGUCUUCCUGCCAACCCCGACUAUCAAGAGCAGCACCUCGCCAUUGCCAUCACCGCCAACAAGAGUCUCCGGCGGCAACCGAGGAGAAGGGCGACACCUGCAACGAGUGACAACACUUUUACUGCCACGAUCAAAGACACGCAACACACACACACACACACACGCACACACACACACACACACAAGCAAUACUGAUUCUUCACUGUACACCACUGCCAUGAAAACACACUUUCUCACACCUCUCGCAUCAGCAAAUGUACAUACACACCUACAACCUGCCACACAGGUGCACUGCCAAACAUAACACACACCGCUAUCACACUGCACAGACUGCCCCACAAACCCACUGCCACAUGCACACAUUCAUAAAAACAUGCACACCCACGCAGAACCCUGUCAAUAUCACACUUGUCUUGGACUGUACCAUCCUGAUGCCAAGGAAAGGGAGGACUGAAACUUCAACCUAGCAAGAGAUCCAACCAUCCCAAAACUACCAGCAGGCACACACAUAAUCUGACACACUUAACUAAACAAGAUAAGCUCUACGAACUGAAGAGCGUCUAACAAGUAAAACUAUGAUGUCAGGACUGGUUCUACUAAAUCCCCCCAAUUUAAGGAAUAACAGGUACUACAAAUGUUCAGUUUUGGACGUUGAAAAUCCCCCUUGAUGACGUCGUCUUGCCACCAAGCUGUUGGACCAGCAGCCAUGUUGGAUUUACAGAUAAGCACGGAGGAAGAAAAGAUUUCGUCUCAGUAGGAAUAUGUGUCGAAAGUGCAUGUGUACCUUUGGGAGCUACAGUCUAAAACGGGAGAGGAGACAUCCAUCACAGCUGGAAAGAUCUUCCACAUUGUGGUAGCAACUCUGAAACCAUCUAUCUCAGAAGAGUCAUUAAACUGUGUCAUAUACACAUGUGCUGUGCUGGCAAAUGCAAUUAUGCCUUUUUGAUUGAUUAGCACAAUAACAUUCCAGCAAGUGUCUCCAACAUGGAUCUCAAAACGCCAUCUCUUGAUGACACUUCUGCUUCAGCUGCAAAUGAGCAUUCAAUGUUUCUCCUAUCACAGUAGGAAAAAGAAAGAUCUCGAGGACUGUUGGACUACACACGCCACCAUGGCCAGACUAACUCCACUGAUGGAUGUUUGGACUUGGACACCUCUAUAAAUGAGACCAGAGAACUGAUUUCAGUGAACCUCCUACCAUUGUUGUUGACUAGCGAACCUUAACAACAAGAAAGCUCCCCAGGCUUGUUUAGAUGGAACUGUCCACUGUGUUCCCAAACGGACUUUGGCAACACGUUUUGUGGCAUUCUUGCCAUGACUUAAACCUUGUAGAUGUAAAAAAACAAAACAAAAAAAAACUACUACUUGCCCCUCCAGAGUCAGAUUGGAAAAAUUAUAGUUUUGGUUUCAACCUGUUACAGCAGGCAGAAAGUGCCUAUUCGUUUCAUAUUUUUGAGAUAUUUCUUCACCGAAGAGGAUUCAUCGUAAACCCUUUGAUGAUCGUUAAUGAUCUUAUAAAGACAUGUGGUGCACAGUCCUAAAGCACACUGUCCUAAAAAAUUUCAGUUGGUCACACUUUCUGAUUGACUGCAAGGUUAACCUAAAAGCCCAUAUGCACUUGGCAUUGUUUAGAGAUGCACUGACACAUCACUAUUUUAUCUUAUUUGACCAGUUCUUCAGUGCCACAACAAUUAGUAUGGGGUCAUGCUACAGAAGCCCAAACCAAAUCGUAAAAGUGUGUUCCGUUCUGUAGGAAAAAGUACAGAAAAUAAAGGUGGUUUACACUGAAUUUUCCUGUCACACAUGACUUUCAAAAAGUGAUUUACACAAUUAAGAAAUGUUUUAAUAACAAUAUACUGAUAUUGACCUUGAUAUCCAUCAGCUUUAUCGUGCAUCCCUACCCUCUGUGCUUUAUGGGAUCAGAAAUGAUGUGUCUCCAAACUCAAAGUGCUCAUCCAACAUCGUCAAGAAAUGCUCAUUAACUCUAACCAGUGUCCUAGGAGUAUUCAGUCAAUGCAUUCCUUUUAUUAUGUUUUUGUAUGUGCGUUUAAUCAUUCAAUUCUCAGCGUUCUGGUGUACCAGUGCAUCAUUCCAAGGUCUAGUGAAGGAGGUUGUUUUAAAAUACUUCCUCCUCUCUCCGCUCUUCUCUCACGCACAACUGUCCUCAUGUUGUAGUACUACACCAACGGCGUAGCUACUGUACGAAAUCUGUACGCAUUUUGAAAAUGUAGCAUUACAAAUUAAUCUUGGUAACAAGCUAAGAGCUGUGACUGUCCAUCUGCAGCCAGAGUAGUUAAAGCACUGACAGUUUUUACUUUUUAAGAAAUACAUUCAUACAAUGUUUUAUUUAAUUUGAUAAUUUUAAAUGUAUGUCCUUUCCUACCUACAGUCCGAUCCAACGAUAUAAAAUGUCUAGUAGGAUGUCUGCACACUUAGGGGAAUUAUCUGGGAAAGAAGUAAAAGACUGAAAAUAUGUUUCAUGGGGACUGACGCAAAUGGUCUUAUUGGUGAAUUGAAGAAAAUUUUGUAAACUGAAAACAAUCAUAAUUGAGGGAAUUUUAUUCCAUUUCUUUCUCCUAUCCCUUUGUUUGCCAUGUUGUUCUCUUUCUAUUGAACAUAUAUUCAAAGUGCCUGUCAGAUUACCUAUUAGUCAGCUCACACCAAAACUGGAAUCCAUAUAAAAACACACACAAACAAACCCAGUAGGCCUUUUUUUAAUGGGUAAGAUUGUUUUUAUGCACAUAAUUGUGAUCAGGCUGUACUAAAGCUACAAUGAAGUACUGUACCACAGUGCAAGGACAAGAUGGUUUACAGGUAUAGUAGGAUAUAGUAUAUACACUAUUUUAACUUUUUUUAUACCAAGGGUUAUUGUAUUUCUGGAAAGUAAAUUAUUUUUGUUUUGUUUAUUUUAUAUGAAUGUUUUGCUGAUAUAUUACUCUGUUGUUACUAUUGUUUCUAUUUAGUUGUCAUGGUGCUAUUUAAUGUAAAGUCUGCUGUGGGCUCACCAUCUAUUUGAAUAUGUCUCUCCUACUGUGUGUGUAUGAGCUGCAGUCGAGCGUUUCUCCAUCUCGGCACACCAUUUAAUGACUCAGCAGUUUAAAAUAGGGCAUUACAGUAACAGCGCAUGCAUUUAAAUAACACAGUGAGGAAAACCCACAGUCUAAAUGAUGCUGUCUGUCUCCAUUCCAGCCCUCACUGCUGGUAGAAAACCAAGCGUCUGAAACCAGUCACUGCUUCAAAAGCGAACAACCCCUUAAGACAUAUAAUCUGAUCAAAAUGCUCACAAGUGUCCCAAAAAGCACAGCUAAUAAGGUUGAGUACACAUCCAUUCCACCAGUAAAAACCACAUCUGAUUUAGUCACUGAAGAGAAUUAACUUAAUGGUAAUGAAUAUUAUGUUUUUAACAACAGUAGAAAAGGGGGAAAUGCCGAAAACAGCUCGCUUAGCGACAAGCUAACAGGUUCAUAGCAAAGCAGCUACAGUGACCUGCAUGUCAGAACUAGUUUACAUGGAAAAAUAAAACACUCUAAGGACAUACUCCACUGAAAAUGUUUGUAGUAUCCAGAAAGAUUCCUCUCAACGGUUUGUAAUUUGUUUCUACACAGCUGUCUCUGGUUAGAUUCAUAGCAAUUUCAAGCCAUUCCAAGAAUGACACAAUGUUUUUUUAAAACACUAUGAAUUUCAGCAUACCAACCCGAAACAAAAAAGUUGGCAAAAACCUGUACAGUUAGCCAAACAAAUGCUACAGGUAUCCAUGUUUCUUCCAACCAAGAGGUUAAAAGAAUCAAGAUUGGUAAUUUCCCACUUUUGACAAAUAUUAGCCACUAAUGCUAGCUUCUUGCACAAAUUACAGUACAUACUGCAUGUCAAGGCAGUGAUAGCUGACUAGCUAGCUAUAAGAGUAAAAUCAAAAAUGACUGAAUACAUUUUUCUAUUCAAUGUGGGCCAUAAGCUGGGGCUCUUCAUUCGAAAAAUGUCUGUAUACCGUAAAAAAAACAAAAAGAGCUUGAGAAGUUGAUACACAAUUACAGAGUGUAACCACAGUCCAGUAAUGACUAAGUUGUCCCACAGUCUCUCCCACCGCACACCACAAAUGGAUGUAUUUCAUAGCCUAAUAUUAGGUCUGGCACCAUUUCUUCUUUUCACCGCAAAACUAUAAUCUAUAAAACUAUAAUCUAUCAUAAUAAACCAUUAAUCCAUCACUUUUGAAAUUCAUGUAACAUGUAAAAGGGCAACUAAAUGCCAAUUGGGUCUAAACAUUUAAUAGGAUUGUUUUAAUUGGCAAAAUGCAAACACAAACCUGAAACAAAUAUAAAAAUGAUUAGAGAAAUGUUGGCACAAUUUACAAAACCAAUUGUGUCAUUUGAUCAUUUAUAAUUUCAGUACAAAUAUUUUGCAGUGAUUUAAAUGUAGAUCUUUUCAAAAGUUCCCUAGAUUGCCCAAUUCAAUAAUAUGGAUGAAAAAACAUUCUUUAGCACAAGAAGGUUUGCCAUAUUCUGCUCUACCUCUUACACUUACACCAUUACUAUCUGAGAUAUGUCAUUAAAUAACACAAAACACAAGACUAAUUUAUCUUUAGCUGAACAUAUUUAAUGUCAGUAUACCAGGGCCUCAGUCCCGAUGUGAUUUAGUCUAGCUCUCACUAAGAAGGUCACUUUGUGUUUGUGCUCUAAAACAUAGACUUUAAAAAUAAUGGACGGAGCUUCCAGGUCUGAAAAGUGAAGCAAAUACAGAAGUGCCUUAAACCUGCAUUCUAUCUUAUUUCCAGCCAUGGAUCUAUUAUAUUAACAAACUCAAGGUUUUAAAACGGCAGUCUACAAAGCAAUGGUUGAGGUCACGGCUGCUACAUCCAUUAUUUUUACGGUCUAUGCUCUACAAAGAUCUCUUGGUUUAAUUAAACCGCUACUUACCUUUCUGCAAAUAUUUGGGGUUAAGCUAAAAUGUCUUAAUUUGUUGUUUUACAGUAGUUGCAGACUGAUUUGUGUUUCUUCAAUGGUUGCUCUACUACAUACAUUGUGACGGACAAUACGUGUUGCAAACCAAUAAGGGAUCUUAGUGUAAGGAGUACACAGCCCUAGAAAUUUUGUUUAACUUUUGUGUGACCAGACCUCCAAAUGGUUGAAAAUUUGAACCAAGGUUAUGUUUUGGUUAAAUGUUUAGCCAACCUCCUGUCUUUUGUUUUCGGCUGAUAUUGCGAUAUAUAGUCGAGCACAGGCAGGUAUUUUAGACACAAUAGGUGAUUUCAGUAAAUGUUCAGGUUGUGGAUGAAACUGCCACUGUUGUUUGAUGCUGGGUUCAUGUAACAUUAGAGGAAACAUGUUACAUGUUUCAGCUGAUUUGAACACAAACAAUUACGUAGUUGUACUUAAAAAAAUCAGAUGUGACACAUCAUAGCUGGAAAUACAGCUCGCAGCUCCUACUCGUAUUUACUGCAACGUGGAUAUAUAUUUCUUGCAUUUACUAUAAAGAUCUAAAACGGCGCAGUAGUAAGACUCAAAUCUCUGUCCGACUCUGAUGUCAUCUAUCAGGUUUGUCUCUGCCUCUCCAGCCUUUCCACCAGCCUGUCAGGCGUUCCAUUUGCUCCCCCUCAGGUUAUAAGUACUAGACAUCUGCCGUCAAAGACAGCCAUUUCUACAGGUCUCACCGCAUCACCAGCCAAUAACUGAUGAGUUUUGUACAGGUUGCAUGGCACAAACCAUGAGUCUCAUUAUUUCCUGUGUGUCUGUAAACCUGUAAGAAAAGCAACAUUAAUCUUUUUUUAAUGUGUUUCCAUACCAUUCAUAUGAUUAUUACACUCUGGGCAUAUGUAAAUGAAUUCUUAGCUGUUCAUAAUGUUAGCUAAACUAUUACCUAAAGACUGCCUGUAUAUUCGCUUUAUAUACUAUUACUCUUGUCUUUUUUUUAAUAACGCUUGUUUCUUGAAUAAAAGGAGAAUGCAAUGAAAGAUAAAUAAAAUGAGUACAUGGUAAGGAAAUGUGUCCCCUUGUAUUGCAACUUGAAAAGAAAUGAAAGGUUUGUACUCUCUCUAUCCUUUUGUUUCUUUGAGAAAAGCUGAAUGUCAACAGCUGAUCUGAACCAGGUCGCUGUGGAAGUAUGUAGCUCUCUCCCUUUAUAGACCACACUUGAGCAUUUCUUCUGUACAUAGGUGCAUUUUGAAGCUGAUGGGGAAAAAAGCAGCAAACGUUAAAUGAGUAAAAUGAGAACAUUUGAUCCAAGUCGAUUUUUAAAAAGGUUGGGGAGUUUGUUUGUUUUUCCAACCAAUGUAGCUUGUAAAACAAGAUAUUAUAACUGCCUCCUGUUUGUCAUAGAAUUCAGAAAUAAAUGUUUGUUGGAUAUUA